AUGUCCUGUUUAUUCACAAGGACAUUGCACUAUGUGAUAUGCCCUCGAACCACAAUAGAAUGGUCUCCAUCGACAUGUCCUACAACCAGUUUUCUUUGGACACAUACGUCCUUCAACUUGAUCCUCUUCCCCACUUUUUUCAUUUCCCCCCUCCAAAUUACCCUUUUCUUGCAGCUUUCCUCCACCGUCCCCCACAACCCCGUCACCAUAUCGCCGGCGAUCUCCCUUCUUUCUCAAUUCUAUCUUCAAGAUCAACAACUCCUUAAGACUAAAUCCUUUUCCUUGUUUUUCUCCAUACGAACUAAAAAGAUAUUAACUCCAAGUAGUAGUUGUUGCUGCCUUGAUGAGAUGAAAGCUCUGUCCUUUUCUGAUUUCAGGAUUCUUAGUUGA